AUAGUGAAUGUACUUAGGAAUGCACGUUCAUACUGAACGUACGCUUUCACCCUCUAGGUUGAGCACCUUUCAGCCUACGCAGGCCUCCAGUUUGGACUUGAGAGUACUUGCAAUCCUAAGCUUAUACUGGGAGUGGCCGAGGGAAUUCAUGCUGAACAGUCGUCUUCAACAAAUCAGAGAUUCCAGAUCGAUUUUCGGAAAGAUCCGAUACUCUGAGGUGUCCUAGAGUGCUACCAUAAUGGAAGGAGGAGCAUUAGCUGGUGCAAUAAUCGGUGGGAUCAUCUUAUUCAUCUUGGUAGUGGCAUUGUUGCUCUUCUUCUUCAUGCGAUGGAUGAAGGGUCCCAUGAAAGGCUCCAACAACUCCAAGGCUUUGAAUGGAAAACUUGUGGUCAUCACUGGUGCCAAUACAGGUAUUGGUAAAGCCACGGCUGAAGAUUUGGCUAAACGAGGUGCCCGUGUGAUCAUACUUUGCCGAUCCGUUGAGAAAGGAGAUGAGGCUGCGGCUGAGAUCAAAGAAAACACUGGAGGACAGGUAGAAGUGAGACGGCUGGAUUUGGCAUCCCUCAAGUCCGUUCGUGAAUGUGCCGAGGCUCUGGUGGCCUCCGAGGACAAGAUCGACAUUCUCAUCAACAACGCGGGUGUCAUGCUUUGUCCUCAUUGGAAAACUGAGGAUGGAUUUGAUAUGCAGUUUGGAACAAAUCAUUUGGGACACUUUCUUCUAACCGAAAUGCUGAUGCCCCUGAUUAGAAAAAGCGAAGCCUCUGGAUUCCAUCCUAGGAUCAUCAUUCUGUCAAGUUUGGCUCACAAAGGUGCUCCCAUCAACUGGGACGACAUUAACUAUGAAAAGAGCUACAGUGCCAUUGCGGCUUACGCGCAAUCCAAGUUAGCCAAUGUUUUACAUGCAAAAGAAUUGGCUGAACGAUUGAGUGACACAGAGAUAUCUGUGUACGCCGUUCAUCCAGGAGCGGUUGAUACCGAGUUGGGACGUCACUUUUAUAACAAGUGGUGGGCCAAGCUCUUCAAACCUUGCGCUUCACGUCUGUUCAAACAGCCCAUCCAUGGAGCUCAAACAACUCUAUACUGUGCUUUGGAUGAUUCAGUGGCCAAUGAUAGUGGAAAAUAUUAUGCCGAUUGUCGCGAAACCCGACCUCAUUCUCGGGCUCUCCGCAAAGAAGAUCAGAAGCGCUUGUGGGACCUCAGCGAGAAGUUUGUGGGUCUCAAAGAAUGAUUACAAUAGCUCCCACACUACCACACCCGACCCUGUCUUGGAAUACUCGACUACUCGUCUUUUUAAUGUCAACCAUGUCAUCAAAAACACCAAUCAUCUAGUUCACCGUUGUCAUAAGCUCGAUUUUCCACCAAAUCGAAUCGAUGUCGUUGGCAUGCGAUUGGAACAAGGACCCCACUCUCUUGAACACUCCACUCUUUGGAGGCUUUUGCCUCUGUUCUUCCACCCACGUACAAAUAUCGUUGAGGUUCUUCUUUGGACCACGCCUCCAAGAUCACUCCACCUAAAUGGACCAUGACGACAUAUUGUAUUUUUUUAUAUUCGCACUUUUUUUCCAUCUAGUAUUUUCACAUAGCAAAGAAAAACAUUAAUUACU